AUGACAUGUACUGUAACUGCUGCUAAUCCUGACACAGACAUCAGAUGGAUCUGGACCAAGACAGACAGUCCCAGUAAUGUCCUCCAUACACGGUCUACCUACACAAUACCCAACAUACAGAGAGAACGGUCAGGGACCUACAGCUGUAGAGCCGACAACUCCAUAGGGGUGUCUUCACCAGCUACAAUACAAGUGGAUGUACAAUAUAGACCAGAGGUGAAUCUUACUACGAUUUUAAGUCCAUACAGGAUUGUAGAAGGUCAGACUGCUACAAUGACAUGUACUUUGACUGCUGCUAAUCCUAACUCAGACAUCAGAUGGAGCUGGAUCAAGACAGACAGUCCCAGUAAUGUCCUACAUACACGGUCUACCUACACAAUACCCAACAUACAGAGAGAACGGUCAGGGACCUACAGCUGUAGAGCCGACAACUCCAUAGGGGUGUCUUCACCAGCUACAAUACAAGUGGAUGUACAAUACAGACCAGAGGUAAAUACCACUAUUUUAAGUCCAUACAGGAUUGAAGAAAGUCAGACUGCUACAAUUACAUGUAGUGUGACUGCUGCCAAUCCUAACACAGACAUCAGAUGGAGCUGGAUCAAGACAGACAGUCCCAGUGAUGUUCUCCAUACAGUGUCUACUUACAUAAUACCCAACAUACAGAGAGAACGGUCAGGGACCUACAGCUGUAGAGCUGUCAACUCCAUAGGGGUGUCUUCACCAGCUUCAAUACAAGUGGAUGUACAAUACAGACCAGAGGUAAAUACCACUAUUUUAAGACCAUACAGGAUUGUAGAAGGUCAAACUGCUACAAUGACAUGUACUUUGACUGCUGCCAAUCCUAACACAGAUAUCAGAUGGAGCUGGAUCAAGACAGACAGUCCCAGUAAUGUCCUCCAUACAGGGUCUACCUACACAAUACCCAACAUACAGAGAGAACGGUCAGGGACCUACAGCUGUAUAGCUGUCAACUCUAUAGGGGUGUCUUCACCAGCUUCAAUACAAGUGGAUAUACAAUGUUAG